UCUCUGGCCCCAGCAUCCCCAGCCAGACUGACUGUCCCGGACACCUACAAAGAAACUGAGGUCCACGGAUGCAGCGCGACUCUAAAGGUACAGCGUCUUCAAGUCGUAGAAGCAGAGAUUAAACAUGAGUCUAUACUCUGAUCGUUGCCUUGGCGCUCUGCUGGGUCUGGCGUUGGCGUCGCCCUGCAGGAGGGUUCAGGGGAAGGACCCCGGGCAGGGAGUGUCCUGCCUGCACCCAGGGUUGGCGCCUUUGAUGCUGGUGCAUCUCCCAUGCCCGCGGGAAGCAGACCCAGGACACCCAUUGGUGCGGGGCAGCCACCCGUUUCCCCAGCAUCCUGAGGCUGGUUGGCAGCGUAGCGCAGGGAGGCGGGCUCCCCGGGACGCCCUUCAGCAUAUACGGGCACACGCCUCGCGGGCUCCGGGCCGUGCCGUUUGGGACGGAACGCCCAGCCCUUCGGCUUCUGGCAGAGGCACUCCAGUUUGGUUCAUCCUUUCUGCUUGGAGACAUUGCCUGUUUCCCUUGCAAACUGGGAAGCAGAAGUCAGCACAUCCGUCCAGCGAGGGUGGGGUGGCCGGAUCGCCCAGCGCGCGCCCUGAAGGUUCACCUGAACGGAAACCGAGGAUGGAGCCCUGGUGGGGCCUCUUCUGCCUCAUGUUCCUGUGUUCUCUGAUGCACGUCCGAGGUCAAGGUGACUUUGAUUUGGCCGACGCUCUCGAUGACCCCGAGCCCACCAAGAAGCCGAGCUCAGAUAUCUACCCAAAGCCCACGCCUCCCCACCAGCCACAGCCCGGAAAUCCCGACAACAGUGGAAAUAUCUAUCCAAGGCCAAAGCCACUGCCACGUCCCCAGCCUGGCAGCUCUGACAACGGUGCAGGUGGAGACGGCUACCCCUCGUACGGCAACCCACAAGGCAACAAGAUAGCAAAAAUCGUGUCUCCUAUCCUGUGCGGGGUGCUGGUGACCCUGGUGGGGGCAACGGCCCGCUAUUUCCAGUACAACAGGAGGUGGAAUUGUUGCAGGACGAAUGAACCAGAAAACAUCUGAGGCCUUCAAAAUCCACCCUUUGCUUUGAGAAAAGCUCCACCCAGACAAGAACCACCCUCAUCACUCCCGUGCCAUGUUCCUUUCCUUCUCCGCUUAAGCAGCUGCCCUGAAGGGUUUUCCCUCCUGUUUGCAAUAGACGUGCUACCUAACCAAGAAUGCCUAAUUCCUCAGACACAUCGAUCAUCAUAAGGUAGACAGCUGGACCUUGGGUUGUAAAAUGACUGCUUGAUCUGUUGGUUCCAUCGUGAAUCCGGACAGAGAGUCCAGCUCUGGAAUGAACUCCGAAACUACCUCCUGGUGUGACCUCAGGCCAUCGACGUGGUCACAAAGCACAGGGGCAGCAGGAUAGCACCGGGGUCUUGGGCGGGAAUGCCAUCGGCUUCUAAAAGAUGCAGACAGACUGCUGUUUGGGUUUCCAACAAGCUGGGGUGAGAAGAUUGACUGAUGCCGUAAGUUCCUUAGUUAUGUCAGGAAUCCAGACCUGUUCACCACCGCCCUUGAAUCGGGAAUGAGUGAUUCCCGACACUAACGGCAGAAUUUGAACGUUAUGUCAGCUCCCAAGAGUAUUGUCACCUGCAGAGGAUGAGGCUGGAUUUGGGAAAUUUAAGUGCAAAAUCGCUGAUGUGGAAACCGUCUCGGGGAAGUGAUCAUGGGGUGCUUUUUUCCUGUGAAAUAGUCCAGUUUCUACAUUUUUUUGGAGAACGUGGGGUAGAAAUAGAGGUUUGCAGAUGUUGUGGCUUUUCGUAUUAGUUUUGGUCUUUGAUCCUCUGUGGGUACCAGUUCUUAAGGCGACGGCAGUGCCUUCCUUGGUUUAUACUUUUCUUUUUACUGGACGAGAUGAUCUUCUAUCCUCAAAUAUCUAAACCGCAUACUAGCUGUUUGGUUCUAUUUUAGUAAUGCUUUAGGGGAGAGGGAAAAGGAUGGUUUGGGCAGAUUAGUAUAGUUUGAUUCAACUGAGAUUAAUGCUGAUAGAAUUUUAGAGUUUAAAUAUUAGAACCAAAGAGGAAGCCAGCCCGCUAGAGUCUGGAUCUCAUAAAGAGGACACGUUAACAUUCCAAAUAUUUAUGCCUUGAGCUCACCCUUAAGGAUUGAGAGCUGGUCUGCAAAGAGAAGUCGAAAGCAGAAGGCGUUUGAAAGAGCUUCCCCAAAAUGGAAACGAAAUUAAAACUAAAGGUCCUGAUUAGACGGCUCAGAAUUGCAUGCCUUCCCGUCCUGGAUUUACAAAGAUUUGAGCCAUUUGAAGACUGUAUUUCCUAUUUUACGAUGAAGGUCCUAGGACUCUUCCCAAAUCUUGUUAAGCUUCCCCAUAAGUGAGGAUGCCCGCUAAACAUGCCCGCUAAACAUAAUUUAACUCUUGUUCAAAAGUGUGUGUAUGUACACACACAGAUUUACACACAGAUGUACAUAAAUGGAAGUUAAGCAUUUUGAAAGGUAACUCCAUCCACUUUCUGUAACUGUCAUGGGCAACUUUUCAUCAUUUAAAAUACAUGUAAGAGAAAAAAAAAAUUGGCCUUGUUGGUUGUGUUCUCUUUUCUAUAUUUUGCACAUAUAACCAUGAGACAGCGGUGAAAGGGUCAAAAAGUCAUGAAGCUAUGUAGCUUUGCAUGUAUCCAGGAAAGCCCUUUCUACUCCGUUGUGCAUCCUUUGGGCGCAUGGCCUUGGAGGCUUAUGGCUGAGAUGGUCGCCCCCCCCCCCCCCCCGCCCCGCCACCAGCUCCGAUGGACCCAGCAGUUGUUUGAGAACCAGAGGGGCAUCUGUCACCUUCCAAAGGAAGAAAUGGUGUCCUCAGUACCCUGUGGAAGAAGAUGGAUUAUGAACACAUAAAGAAACAUACAGUUGGAGAACAGCGGAAUAAACGUCACCCCGAUGACAAGAGGAAGAUACGGUUAGUGUUCAAUGUCGUUUAAAUUAAAGUAUGUGAAUAAGGCUCUCUCGGGAAGCCUCUCUUUAAGGCUUUAAGUUCUGGGGAUCGAAUGUCCAGCGUGGUGACUCCAGUUAACAAUACUGUAUUCUAUACGUGAAAGUUUUUAAGAGAGUAGACUUUAAGUAUUCUAACCACAAAAAGAAAUGGUAAUUAUGUGACAGGAUGGAGGUGUUAGCUAAGGCUGGGAUGGAAAUCCUAUUGCAGUGUAUACACAAUGUACACCUUAUUGUAUAUAUAUUGUAUAUAUCACAAUGUACACCUUAAACUUC